GGUUGACAUAAAUAGUCAGCACGCGCUAAAUUUGUUUGCGGCGAACACUCGCAAACGCUCUCUGAAAAUCAACCAUUUCUCUCACGGCCAUGCUACGAUAACAGUGCAGGGGUGUAUUGGGGUGUUCUAGGGCUAGAAUACAUAUGUUCUACCCAGACCAUAAAUAUGAGCCCGAUAAAUAGCUUGUGGUUCAAGUGGAAGAGCCUGAAGCUUCCCUGGCGCAGAACCUUUCUCGCCGGAAAGGACCUGAAUGGAAAUACUUUCUGGGAAUUUAAGGACGCUCUCAAUUCCAAGCGACUCCGGCGCAUCGUGAAGUACAACCCGAAAACCCACCUUGCGGAUGUGAAGGUUUCCCCGCAAUGGCAUCAGUGGCUUCGGUACACUCGCCAGGAGCCCCCAACCAUACAAGAACAGCAAAACGACCUUCUCCGGCAAGAGCGCAUGAAACAUCUCGCCAAACUCGCAGAUGAGCGAUGGGCUAGCAAGCCCUCGUUCCUGGACAGGCCACAGGGACAGCAGUCCGGUCCCACAACGAAACCCUCCCACGAACCCCAUCACUCCGCCGCCCAACCUGACCAACCGGCAGGGGUACAAAACACCAUCGAGAAACAGCCAGUACCCAAUGGUCAAGGUAACAAAAAUAAAUCCCCCUGGGCUCGAGAAACCGGCGGACCAAGUGAGAAAUGGCAACCUGAAUCGUGGAAUCCAACUCCAAAAGGCAGAUAAAUUUGAACAUCUGAUGGUUGGGAUAUCAAACUAACAUGGGAUUUCGCCAACGGUUGGGCUGGAGAAGACAUAUUUCAAAAAAAAAAAAAAAAAAAAAAAAAAAAAAAAAAAAAAAAACGACCCUCUCCAUUGCGCACGACAGAACGAACAUUGGGUCCCUCUGCUUUCCGGACAAAACUUGUGGAUGCCUAAAGUUAUCGUUGGAUAAAAUUCGACACCAAUCCCGUCAGGCACUCACACACCCUACAACCGAAUUCUUGUACAAUACACUGGUGGCGAUUUUCGGAAUACAUAUGUAAAAUAAAUAGGCUGAAAGGUAAUAGAGGUAGGAUGCCAAAAGGAAUGGGUCAAAUUCGCACCCAACAUGCGACAUGGUUGCUGCUACUCUGAUAAUUUGACUUGACUGGCAUGAAAUCUGUGGCGUCAGGUCUAAGAGAUUUAUCUCCCCUUUCACUAAGAGUAUUGAAUAAGAAAUGCUCAUUAUCCUGUACAUUAUUGAUACUCAUAUUAAUGAAGUUAUAAAUAAUUUACUCUUCAAUGCUCUCUUGCAGGAGUGGUUAUUGCAAAUGUUUCAACAAUACAUCCGAGCCAUUCUGUCUUACAUACAGUUGCCUAGAGUGACAGAUAUAUAUGUGCUUAUAAAAUUAUCAUGCUUUACAAAGGAGAGUGAAUCAUACAUCCACACUUAUAAAUCACUAAAA